ACAAAAAACAAAUAAUGGUCCCUGUUCUGUUAAAAAUUGUGAUAAAGAUCCAAAUAUUUUUCGAAGUUUAACUCAAUUGGCUAUGAGAAAAGCAAAUGCUAAUGGUACUAUUCAAUGGUAUCUCUAUUUACAGUUAGGUCAGCAAGUUUGUAACUCUCAUUAUAUGUUUAUUGUUGAAAAUGAGCCAACUCAUGAACAUAAAGAUAGUCCUACUCCAAAUUUGUCAAAUAAAUUAUCAUUUGGGGAUCGAAUCAAAAAGAUGACGACUGUGUUGUAUCAAAGAAGAAAGAAAAGUCUCGUACUUGAUCCAAAAGAGUUUAAUCAAAUUCUUGAAAGUGCAGAUUCAGAUCUAAAAGGUUUUUUUGCUGAAAUGUGCAAUAUGUUAAUACCAAAUGAUUAUUCACCUUACAACCAAAAUGAAGAUAAAAAACAAAUAGUCAUAAUUUUAUAUUUGAUGGCUAGAUUACGAAAUAAACAUGUUAAUAGUUUCAAGUUAGAAUUAGCCUUGUAUCUCGCAAGAUUAAAAAUAUCGUGCAAUGCAAUUAAUGCGCUAAGUAAUGCUAGAAUUUCUGUUACUUACAAAACUAUAUAA